GGAGUAUAUAAUAAGGCUUGCUAGGACCCUUAUACAAAACAUGAUUUGCAAUGUGAUCAUGGUCUGAUCUUAAACUUAAAUGCAAGGGAAGAAGAGAGAGAGAAGGGAAUCCCAAAACACAGAUACACUAAUACAAUACUCAGAUACUCCAACUCUACUGUCCUACUCAAGUAUCCAACUACUUGUAUAAACAAAAACGUUUCCUUUUAUCCAACAAGGGAAAGUGGAGCAAAAGGACUGAAUAAUGGAAAGUGGUAAGAGAAAGACGACGACGACAACGACGACAAGGUUGCCAAAAUUAGCAACGGCAGCGAGAUCAGUUGAAGAGAUGAGAAUGAAAACAAAGCGUCGUAGUGGUAGUGGUAGUGGUAGUAGUGGUGGUAUUGAUGUGAUCAAUGAGGAAGUAGAAAUGAACUCUAAUGAUGAAAUUCAAUCCAAGCAGCUUAAAGUUACAAGUGAUAAGAUAGGUGCUGCUGCAAAACGGAAGACUUGGAAUUCUGAAUCUAAUUUAGACAACACUACUGCUGUGAUCGCCAUUGCGACGGAAAAUUGUGAAUUAGUACUAGAUGAGGAGCAGCUCCAAGUCCAAGAGAGUUGCAAUUCUGAUUCUACAGACUCGAAUUGCAAUCGCGAAAACAUUGAUCACAAAAGCCUCAAUCAAGAUAGUAUUAGUAGCAGUAGUAGUCGUAGUAGUAGAAUUAGAAUAAGAUCUAACAACCUAAGGACGACUAGUCAUUCUUCUUCUCUGUCUCCUUCGUCUAUUCAGAAACUGAAGAAGACGAGAUCUGAACCAGUUAAGGCUGGUUCAAGCAUCGAGAGUGAAUUGAGGAAGGUAAAUUCAGAGAAUUUGGAUAAUCAAACCAAGAUCCAUCUCGACCAUAUUAAUGAUACCACCAAUGUCCAAGAUCUAGUGACUCAUUCCAAUUCAUCUCCGUCUCCAGAGCAGCAACAAGAAAAACAAGAAGAAAAACUCAGAAACGAAAACAAUAGUAACCAGAGUGAUGAUACACAAAAGGCAGCUGAGCCGGAAUUGACAGCAGGAGCGAAUGCUUGUGAAACAGAGGAAGAUCAUGUGGAUAAAGGCCAAAUAAACAAGGUUGAUGAUACAAACAACAAUAAAGAAACAUGCUGCGAUGAUGAUCAGCUGAUUCAGACUGAUACCUUUAAGAAAAACACACAAAUCAAGUCUAAGAAGGUAGUAAGUCCUUCAUUCACUAACUCCAAUCAAGGCCUCGGCCUCUCGAAAUCGACUCUAACCCCUCGUCGUUUAUCUUCAUCAUCAUCAUCGUCGACUACAGUCAGAUCCGUCCACAACAAACCAACCCUCAAUUCCUCUUCUCCUACCACCACAGCGCAAGAGGUGUUGUAUGAAUCUAAUAUCUCUGCAACCCCUGAAACAUAUAGCAAACUUCAGACUUUAGUGGAUUUAGUGAUGUGGAGAGAUGUAUCUAGAUCAGCAUUCAUUUUCGGAUUCGGAACUUUCAUUAUAAUCUCAUCCUCUUAUGCAAAAGACUUCAAUUUCAGCUUCAUUUCAGUUGCCUCCUAUUUAAGUUUGGUCUAUCUUGCCGUCGUGUUUCUCUACAAGUCAUUUAUGAACAGAGGAGUCAUGAGAAGCGAAGAUCAAACCGAAAAUUGUGUCUGGGGAGAAGAAGAAGCGAUUCGAUUUGUGAAAUUGAUUCUUCCUUAUUUGAAUGAAUCUCUGCUGAAGCUGAGAGCACUUUUUACUGGAGAUCCUGUCACUACUAUGAAGUUGGCUGUGGUGCUGUUUGUCUUGGCAAGGUGUGGGAGCUCCAUCACUAUAUGGAAAAUGAUGAAGCUUGGCUUUUUUGGAGUUUUCGUCAUUCCAAAACUUUGUUCUUCCUAUUCUUCUCACGUUACUGCAUACGGUAAAUUUUGGGUAAGGCGUUUUCAAGAUGCAUGGGAGUCAUGCUCACAUAAAAAAGCUUUAGCAUUUACUAUUUUCACGCUCGUCUGGAAUUAUUCUUCGGUAGUUGCUCGCGCUUGGGCAGCCUUCAUAUUGUUUGUGGCUUUUCGAUAUUAUCAACAAUCUUUGACCACUGAUGAUUUUGUUGAGGUCAAAGAACAAACAAGAUUACACAGUGUGCAAACAAGACGACAUUUAGCAAGAGAGCGAGGAAGAGUACCAGCUUCAUUAGAUCAAAAGAAAGAAAAGAAGAGCUUCUGAUCAAAAUACUUUGAAUAUAAGAUGUUGAGCUAGCACUUUCUCUGUAACCAUAUUGUUAGAUUUAGGAAAAACACCUCAACAUAUUUAGAUCUAUCACAUAUAUAUAGUUUAAUUCCUAGCUUCACUGUUAUAGUAUUAUUACCUACAAUGUCAUGAUCCAAUCCUUUUUUUAACCUGUAAAUGUGUCCCAAUAACUAUAAAGUACUCGUCACGUAUUUAUUCUAUUUUAGAAAACAUGAUUUGUCCUCUAUUUUUUAGAUGUUUA